AUGCAGAAGUCUGUGGAGAUGGCAGGUGGUAAGAUCAUUAUUGCCGACGAUAAGCUACCUGACAAGACGUGGGUUGCCGACGGCCCAGAUGUGAUCAGGUGGCUUCAUCAGACUGCUGCACUUGAUGGUGAUUGGGCGCUCCGCCUCGAUCUCACACGCCAGGACGCGGCCACCUGGCUGUGGACGAGGGUCUACCUGCCUGGCUACGGUACGUCUUGCGAAGUUUUCAGUAUGAAUGACGCGGCGGCCGAGCUGCGGCAUAUAUCUGAUGAGUUAGAUCCGCCGUCGACGGACACGUGCUUGUGUUGUGGAGCCCUCAUGCCGUGCAUCUCGGUCGCGGUGGUGGACGCCGACCAGGCCUACGAGCAGUGCAGCGCGCAGUUCGUGGGCCAG